AUGGCGUCAGUGAUGAAGCCUUUCCGAGCACGGGAAGCCGAAGAUUUCAAAUCGAACAAUCUCUGGGUCGGUAGCCUUACGACGGAUACGACGGAGUCAGAUCUGACCGAAUUGUUCGGUAGAUUCGGCGAUGUCGAUAGAAUCACGGCAUACUCUACCCGUGGCUUCGCGUUUAUUUACUACAGACGCGUAGAGGAAGCGGUGGCGGCGAAGGAAGCGCUUCAAGGGGCGAAUGUGAACGGCAGUCCGCUGAAGAUCGAAUACGCGCGACCGGCAAAACCUUGUAGGAGUCUUUGGGUGGGAGGAAUCAGCCCAAGUGUGUCAAAGGAUGAGCUGGAAGCAGAAUUCAGCAAAUUCGGAAAAAUCGAGGACUUCAGGUUCCUUAGGGAACGCAAGACAGCUUUCAUUGAUUAUUACGACAUGGACGAUGCCUUGCAGGCAAGAAGCAUGAACGGCAAGCGAAUCGGUGGUAGCUACCUGCGCGUUGACUAUCUCCGGUCACAAGCACCAAGAAAAGAACAAUGGACCGGAGGCUCUUACGAUAACAGGAAUGGCAAUGUGAAUCAGAAACCGUAUCCUCACUCAAAUGAAGAUGCUAAAGGAGAUGGCCAGCAGCUAAGUAAGGUUCUGUGGAUUGGGUACCCUCCUUCUGUUCAGAUAGAAGAGCAGAUGCUACACAACUCGAUGAUACUCUACGGUGAGAUCGUGCGGAUCAAAAGCUACCCGUCCAAGUAUUUUUCACUCGUGGAGUUUAGGAGCGUGGAGGAAGCUCGCCACGUCAAGGAAGAGCUACAGGGGAGGUUGUUCCAGGAUCCAAGAAUCACAAUCAUGUACUCAAACAGUGAGCUGCCUCCUGAGCAAGAUGAUACUGGUUUUUAUUCUGGCGUGAAACGGUCAAGGCCUGAUAUGUUCGUGAACGAUGCUUCGUUUGUAUCUUCUCCUCAUUCUGCUGGGGGUUAUGGGUCUGUGAGGCCCUUCGGAGGUAGCAAUGAGCGUUCGUAUAAUGGUUCGGAGUACAACGAGGUUGUAGGUAAGGAGCCAAACUGGAGUAGGCCAUCUCCAAAUGGAACUGGUAUCCUCCCAUCUCCAACGGGACCUGGUAUCCUCCCAUCUCCUGCACAAGGUAUGAGGCCACAUGCGAGGUCAAACCCUGGUGCUUGGGAAGGAUAUGACCCUGCUCAGUUGGGCAGAGAAAGCAAACGAACGAGAAGAGAUGGAUCGGCGGACGGUUUUACACCGAUGGGUGUAGAUGAGAGGUCAUUUGGGCGUGGUGGUGCAGUUGCUCCUAGGCCUGACUACAUGUGGAGAGGGAUUAUUGCCAAGGGUGGAACUCCUGUCUGUCUUGCUCGUUGCUUGCCUCUUGGAAAGGGGAUUGAAAUUAAACUGCCUGAGGUCGUCAACUGUUCAGCAAGAACUGGUUUGGAUAUGCUCGCCAAACAUUACACCGAAGCCAUUGGAUUUGAGAUUGUUUAUUUUGUACCAGACAGUGAAGAAGAUUUUGCAUCUUACACUGAAUUUCUCCGCUACCUUGGGUCUAAAGACCGAGCGGGUGUUGCUAAACUAGAUGAUGGAACAACUUUAUUCUUGGUGCCUCCAUCAGAUUUCUUAACUGUUGUACUCAAAGUUUCCGGUCCAGAACGGCUAUAUGGUGUUGUUCUUAAGUUGCCCCCACCAGCCGUCCCUGUUGCAGCAUCAUACAGGCAAGAAUCUCAGUCCAACCCUCUGCCUUAUAUGGAUCAAGCCCGGGACUCACCUGCCAAUGGCAGUCACAGUUUAUAUCCUCCUAGGGAAAACUACAAUAGGGUUGCACCAGAACACUUGACAGCUCCUUCAAAACCACCGGUUAGUUUAACUCCGGAGCUUUUAGCCUCUCUUGCGUCUUAUCUCCCUGCAACCACUCAACCUGCUGGCCACGAGAGUCAACAGCCUAUGUCAGGCUCUACAACAGUCGUUUCUACAUUAACUCAACCCAAUGGAAUGUACAAUGGAGAAGCACCGUCUCAGGCGUGGCAAAGAGAUCCGCAAACAGUCCAUGAUGGAUCAAAUCAGUCGUACCAACAAUAUGGAAACCAGUACACUCCAGCCGGUCAACUACCUCCUCCUCCUGCUCCUUCGCGUUACCCUCCGGCUUCGAAUAACCCCAACUACUCCAGGGGAAUGGUCCAUGGCAACAUGCAAUACCAAAGCCAAUCUGUUAACAUGCCUCAGCUGCCUCAUAAUAAUUAUCCCAUGUACUCUCAGGCUUCUUCACAUCAUCCUGUCUCUCAGCCCAUGACACAGCAAUACCAACCAGAAGCUUCCGUGCCAAACCAAAACUAUGGUCCGAAUCCAGGUUAUCAGCAACCUAAUUAUCAUGGUGUUGCAACAAACCAAGCGCAUAAUUUAAAUCUCUCCCAAUUCCAAGCUGCAAUGCAACCACCAGCUGACAAGACGAACUUAGAGGCGCAAAGCCAAGCACCACAGCUGCAGCCUGUGCACUCUGGGGCUGGUCAGGGUACAACAGAAGCGGAGGUCGAUAAGGACCAGGUAUACCAGUCGACACUACAGUUGGCAGCUAACCUUCUUCUCCAGAUACAGCAGAAGCAGCAACAGCCAGGUACUGCGGCUGGACAGGGGCCUGGAAACUAA